AUUCCGCACGGCCGCCUCUCACCCCCCUCUCUCUCUAUAUAAUCUCCGGCUCGACUCCUGCAGGUCAGCGAGACGGGAUCCUGACAGACCCUGUAACAGACACAGCGACAACCCGGCUGUGAGAUCGGAUAAUCUGCAGGCCAAACAGAACUAGGAAUUUAAGGAGCAGGGAAUGCAACACGAGAAUUCUUUUCCAGUUCCAUAAUGAGCAUAUAAGCAGAGGGGAGACAACAACUGGUUCAUGAAGGCGCCUCUGAUUGGCCGUGUAAUUCAGGGUGUGGGUGUGGCUGCAGGACCGGCAUUUAUUAGGAUCGCUUAUCACCCUUUGAGUGGUUUGUGUGGCCAUUUCAGAGGACAUUUACGAAUCAACCACGUUGUAGUGCUCUGGAUUCACAGGCCGGACUGGGUAAAGACUGCAGAUUUCGUCUCCUGAAGAGCAUCAGUGAACCAUUUGGGUUUUAAACAGCAAUCUGUCGGUUUUGUGGUCAAGAUACUCAGAUUGAUCUUUUAAAACUUCGAGAUUAUUAACUUCAUUUAAGCUGCCGUGGAAGCUUUGAAUUGGUGUCUCUGGAUUGUUCCGCCGGCCACUGGAUUCCCCAUUUGGUAACUUAAUCAUUGUGCCGCCAAUGUACCACAGCUUCCCAUUAGGAUCCUGAUAUUGUGUCCCACCCGAAACAUUGAUGUGUACCUCCACAGAUGCUGGUUGACUUGCUGAGUUCUUCCAGCAUUCUGUUUGUUGUUCCAGAUUCCAGCAUCUGCUGUCUUUCAAUCGAUGCUCCGUGUUAACCAGUUCUUAUUGGAUAAAUUGAUAAUCAGGUUUAAAGUCUGGGGUUAAAACAGCACAGCCCUGUAAUAUAACACAAACCCGCUAACCCCCGGUCUGUGACAGGCAGCUGCCUGGCUCAAAUUCCUGAAGGUAAAACUGUCUAAAGGCUUGUUCCAAUCCCAGAAUAGUGCAUGUGUUUGGCACAGCGCUAUCAAUUUAUAGAUUAAUUGGACGUGUGAUGCACAUUUCAUUCAGCCUUAUCAUUCUCACAAAUGUUACUUUAUUCCUAAUAUUUCCAAAUAUUUAAUAAUGUGUUGCCAUCGUCAGCAUAUGGUAAACCUAUAGCUCACCGCUCUUCAAACACACUUAGGUAAUGUUUACAUGUGAUGAGGGUUUCUGACUCUGCCACCUUUCAGAUAGUGAGUUCCAGACCCUCUACACCUCUGGGUGGAAAACAUUUUCCCAUCUUCCCUCUAAUCCUUCUGCCAAUUGCAUUACAUCUCUGCUUAUUGAGGUGUGGAGGGUACAUAACAUUCAUCCGUGUUAACAAAUAGCAGGUCUUGCAAGAUCUCUCACAGUGAAAUAUCUCUUUCUAGACUAGAUCGACAACUCUCAUAUCCCUGCCUGCUUUCUGUCCUAUCGAGGGAAGCCAAACAGUUCGAGUUUAUAUUGCUUGGGGUUUAGAAGAACGAGACGUGAUCUUAUUCAAAUACUGUAAGACCCUGAGGGGAAUUGACAGGGUAGAUGUUGCGAUGUUUCCACCAGAGGGAUAGUCGAAAACAAUGGGACAUAGCAACAGAAUAAGGGGCCGGUCAUUUAAAACUGAAAUGCUUAGUAAUUUCUCCUGUCAGGCGGUAAUGAAACUCUGGAAUUCCCUGCGGCAGAAGGUGGUGAACUGGCACAGAGGCGGAGUUGAGUCCAGCAGAGAUCAGCUAUGAUCACAGCUAAUGGCGGGGCAGUCUUGAUGGGCCGAGUGGCCUACUCCGGCUUCUAUUUUCUUGCGUCUCCGUGUAUUGUCCGAGGCUUCUGUUGCCCGUUUCAUUUAUAUUCAGGUUUGUUUCGUGUCUUAUGAACCCCUCUGUCAUGUGGGUUUAGUUAAAAGAAGUCAAGAUACCUUCACCCUGGACACUUGCAGCAAAAUAACACUGAUUCCCCGAGACUGCAGCGUGUGUAGUGGACAAUCGGCGUACUGCAGCGGUUCAGCAGCUCCCCGAAAGUGAAAGGAUUUUGAGUCAGGAAGUGCGGGGGAAUGAAAAUGGCUUCAAAGCAGCAGCUCGAGAGUUGGACCGAGGAGGUCGUUUGUCCCAUCUGCCUUGACUUCUUCACCGAUCCGGUGUCACUGCAGUGUGAGCACAACUUCUGCCGCUCCUGUAUCACACGGGUUUGGGAAAGGGAGGAGAGAAACUCCUGUCCGGAAUGUAAAGAGGAGUUUGUGGACGGCACCCUCAGGGCAAGUCGGGUCUUAGCACGACUGUCUGAGAAAGCUCGAAAACUACACUUGAGUCGGACAGAGAAGGGAAGGAAACUUCACUGCGAGGAACAUGAGGAAGAACUGAAGCGGUUUUGUGAAACUGACAAGAAACUGAUCUGUGUGAUCCGUGUCGGUGCCCGGGAACACAGAGAGCACCGCUUCCUGCUGAUUGAAGAAGCUGUUGAAAGCUACAAGGUUCAGGUUAAAUCUUCCUUAGAAUGUCUCACAAAAAGGCAACAAAUAAUGAAAGAAAUGGAACAGCAACAGAAGCAGAAGAUUUCUGGAGUUCGGGAACCGUCACACAGCCUUCAGUCCCACAUCACUUCCCAAUUUGCUGAACUGCAGCAGAUUCUCACUAAGAAGGAGCAGCACUUACUCAGAGAUCUCAGGAAAGAAGAGGAGAGGAUUUUAAAUCCAAUGGAGAACAAUCUUCGAGAGAUUCAGGAGAAUUUAAAUUCUAUUCAAGAGGAACUCUCAAGGUUACAGAAACAGAUGGAACAAAAAGAUAAUGCCAUGUUUCUGAAGGAGGAAAUUCGUCAGGAGAGAAGGAUUGAUGAUGAAGCCAAACCAAUGUUGGUGUCAGGUGGUGCCCUGCCGGUUGAAAAAUUCGAUCAUCCCUUAUUGUACAUAGUAUGGAGAGGGUUGUUUGAUGGAAUUAAGCAAGUCCCUGUGACCCUGGAUGUGGAAACGGCGAGUCCGAAGCUUGACGUAUUGCACGACUUAAAGGGUAUGAGAUGGACCGGGUCCUGGAGGAUUCUCCCCGACACCGGGAAGAGGUUCACGGUCUGGGACUGUGUGCUGGGAUCGGAGGGAUUCACAUCGGGAAGACAUUACUGGGAGGUGGAGGUGGCGAGGAAUCAACGCUGGGGUCUGGGAGUCGCCGCAGAGUCUGUGGAGAGGAAGAGACGGGUCGAAAUGAUCCCGGAGAACGGAUUCUGGACCAUCGGACGAAUUGAUGACAAAUUGUAUUUAAACUCCUGCCCCAAAUCCCGUCCCCUUGCCGGUUCCAUCCCCGGGAGGGUGGGAGUUUAUCUCAGUUACGGUUCCGGGACAGUUUCAUUUUACAGCGCGGACACCAUGUCCCUUCUUCACACCUUCACUGGGAAUAAAUUCACAGGGAAACUUUAUCCUCUUUUCUGGACUAGGGAUGAAAACUGGCUGAGAAUCUGCUCCGGUUCCGCUCCGGGUCUGUAACCGGGUCGGGUCCCGGGACCGGCGUCAGGAGGAAGUCAGUGUAAAUAUAGAUGUGGGAAGA